CUGCCCUUCCAGCGCCUGGUCCGUGAGAUCGCUCAGGACUUCAAGACCGACCUGCGAUUCCAGGGGUCUGCCGUCCUUGCGCUGCAGGAGGCUACUGAGGCUUACCUCGUGGGCCUCUUCGAGGACACCAACUUGGCUGCCAUCCACGCCAAGCGUGUGACGAUCAUGCCCAAGGACGUGCAGCUCGCCCGCCGCAUCCGUGGAGAGCGCUCUUAA